AUGGCUAGUUUUGGAAAAUUGGGAGAAUAUAGGCCAGACAAAGAAAGUGUUACAAAUUAUGUUGAACGAUUGGAACAAUUUUUCUGUGCAAAUUGGACACAUCAUGACAAGAAGGUGUCAAUGUUACUGUCAGUUAUUGGUGCGGAACCAUAUGGUGUCUUACGGAACUUGGUUCAACCGGCGUUACCAAAAGACAAGACGUUUGAACAGUUAGUAAAGACGCUCACGGAUCACUACAUGCCCAAGCCGUUGGUUAUUUCGGAACGUUUUAAGUUCAAUAAACGUAAUCAAAGGGACGGGGAAAAAGUUUUGGACAAUGUAGUGGCGCUAAAGAAACUGGCAACCCAUUGUGAGUUCAAGAACUUCUUAAAUGAUGCAUUGCGUGAUCGGCUUGUCUGUGGAUUACACUCAGAGCUGAUUCAAAGAAAACUGUUGUCAGAGGACAAUUUGACAUUUGACAAGGCUUGCCAAAUUGCAACUGCAAUGGAGAUGGCUGAGAGGGACACGGCUUACUUCCAGCCACAAGGAGCGUCGGGUGUCGUUGCAUCUGAAGUGAACAUUUUGCACAGAGGGAAAUCGGCAAAACAACAGAAAGGCAGCAAACAGGCUCAACAGUGGAAAAAGGGUUCAUCGAAGCGUUGCUUCCGUUGUGGAGAUGAACAUGAUCCUGAAAAAUGCCGAUUCAAGGGAUCGAAGUGCUAUAAGUGUAAACGCAAGGGACAUAUAGCAAAAAGGUGUCCGUCGAUCAAAGAACGGCAAACACGUUACCUCGGGGAGGAAACUUCAUCAGAUGAGAGCGACUUAAAUAGUAUAUAUCAGUCGUCGUCUUCGGGUCCAUUUGCAAGGAAAAUCAUAGUGACACUGAUUCUAGGCGGUACCAAAGUCGAUAUGGAGCUCGAUACAGGAAGUUCUGUGUCAAUAGUUCCUGAGGAUAUAUACGAACAAGUUCUUCGCAAGUAUCCAUUGAGGAAUACAAAUGUAAAAUUGAAGUCAUAUUCUGGAAAUAAGAUCGAGUUGCUUGGUAAAUGCGAAGUUCCUGUAGAAUAUGAAAGCCAGAAAUAUAAGCUUUCGCUGUUAGUGGCCAAAGGAAAGCGACCAGCGCUUUUCGGUAGAAAUUGGCUGGAGAAAAUCCCACUCAAUUGGAGAGGCAUUUUCCAUGUUCAGGAGAGCACAAAAGAAAUUUCAUUGGAGUGUGUGAAAAGGGAGUUUGAACACCUCUGGAAUAAUGAAAGUUCACGGAAUCUACCAAUUAAAGGUUUCAAGGCGCAUAUCAGAACGAAAGACGGAGCAAAACCUAUCUUCUGUAAGGCUAGACCAGUGCCUUAUGCAAUUAAGGAAACGGUAGAACGAGAAUUUGAGCGCAUGGAAAAAGAAGGGAUUGUUUACAAGGUGAAACACAGCGAAUGGGCUACGCCACUGGUGGUGGUUCCAAAGCCAGAUAAAGGCGUGCGAAUUUGUGGAGACUACAAAGUUACAGUAAAUCGCGAAAUAAGUGAGGAACAGUAUCCAAUACCUAAUACAGAGGAUUUAUUUGCGACAUUAGCAGGAGGGCAAAAGUUCACUAAAUUGGAUCUGUCUCAGGCAUAUUCACAGCUUGAGGUGGACAAAGAUUCAGAGCAAUUGUUAACUGUGAACACAUCAAAGGGACUUUAUCGCUACUGCAGACUGGUUUACGGAAUAAGUAGCAGUCCAUCGAUUUUUCAAUCUGUAAUGAACAAAAUAUUGGCUGAAAUUCCAAAUGUGGUGUGUAGAGUUGAUGACAUAUUGAUUACGGGGCCGAAUGAUCAAUCGCAUUUGACUAGUUUGAGAGAAGUUCUAAAAAGAUUGAGUGAACACAACAUAAAGCUGAACAAAAAGAAGUGUUCUUUUAUGCAGGACGAGGUGGUGUACAUGGGACAGGUUGACAUAAUGUUCUGUGAAAUGUUAUUUUAG